AUGAGCUCCUUGUUUCUUCCGAAUCCCUGCCUUCUUGGAAUACUGCUGUCAGUUUCCACGCACGACGGGAACCAAUUGGUGUUUCACUAUCCGCCCCAGCCCAAUGAGUACGGUUAUCGCCCGACGCCGCUCGGAAACCAAGUGCUCAACACAGAAGACGACGACUAUUCCAGCUCGUCAAAUGACGAAAUAGACGACGAGCUGCUAGACAUGAACCUGUACAGCAUUCACAACGGCGACGAUGACUACAGCAUUUCUGCUGGGGGCAGCAGCCGUGGCAGUGUAGGCGCAGAGAGCAAUGGCAGUGGUGUCAACAUGCUGGGCACCUCGACGAAUUCGGGAGGCAAGGGUUUGCUGGGGAUAUUGGACGAGCAGGACCGCAAGCGCAAAGACAAGGAGCACAAACGUCGCAAUUUAAUGAAAAACAUCAUCAUGGGGGAACAAGUCGGCCAAACAGACACGUCGGGGAGCAACAGAAGCCCCAGUACCUCACUUGUGAACGGAGGCGUCUCGGACCAGGAAACUGCCGCUUGCAAAGUCGACAAGCUCUUUGGGUUUGAUGUUGACUUUGUUAGCGAGCUUGUGACACCUCCAAAACAGCUCUGCAACUCGCGCUUUGAGGUAUCUGUGGAGGAUAUGGCUUUUUUGGGGCUUCCAAUUCAUGUUAACGAAGACGGAAACUGGAGAGUUUCCAACCAUGCAAAAUCGCGCAGGAAGAAAACAAGCCGCAAGAAGAAGGUGUCUUCAAGCUCAGAGUCGUCUGGCGAGGAAAACGAGUCUGACCAUGGAGAGAAACUGACGAAAAAUGAUUGUCCGAUGUACAUGUUCCAUCUGGUAUUUGUCAUGAACCCGCCGGUGAUUGAGUAUAAUCACCGGAUCGACGAGAUGUUCCACUACAUUGUGAGUCGGAUGGCUCUUUUGCUGAGAUACGAGCAGCAAAAGUCCAAUUACGUGUGGAACCAGUCAAAGCUGAUCCUCGAUCUCAGGGAAGAGUUUUCAUCGCUUUCUUUAAACGAGCAAUGGAAGAAGAUUACCGAAAAGUCGUCCCUGGCACGAAUGAUGGCACAGACGUUCACGGCAGUCUCGAACUCGGAAAUUAUCAACAUUGAGAUUAACAACAAAAUGCGGUCGUUCCAAAUCCCCAUUCGCACAGAAUUUAGCUCUCUGCCGCCACGCCAUACACAGCUAUUGCCUGGAUCCACCCUAUCGUCUACGUCGCCCUUCAAUUCAUUGGGGCUAGAUCUGCACAGCAGUGCGCAAACCGAUGACGAUACCAUGAUCCACUACGCCCUGAUCAUGCUUGAUGAUCCAGAAUCGGUCAUCAGGGACAUCCAAGCCGAAAGACACUCUUUGAUUGCUAACUUCAUUCGCAUGAUCAAGCCAAGCGAAAGCUUGUCCAGAUUGGCGACCCUCAGCGGUCUGGAUAUCGCAGAGGUCAAGCUGUUUGCCAACCAUCUGGUGUAUUGGAGAAGAGCCAAGGCCGUCUUGCCAUUGAGUCCUAGAAACGUUUACAUUGUAUCUCCGCUGGCACCGCUGUCUAAUGUUCACAAAGAUUCAGUGUUGUUCAAACAGCAUUUUCCAAAUCUGCCCCCGUUGGCCAAUUUUCUCUCGCUGAUUUCCUCCUCGUCCUCGAAACCAAGACCAAUCAACACCAUCAUCCCAAGUAAGGACCACAGAGACUUGUACCUGGAUGCUGUUGCUUGGUUGCUAAGACACGGCUACAUCACCCAGCUGCAAACGUUCCUCUAUUUGCGUAUUACCAAAGAGGUGAAAAUAAAGGUCGAGGAAGAGCUGGAGAUGGAACGAAAAAACAAAAAGAACAAGCACGACGGCGAUGACCCAUCCUCCGAGGAUGAAGAGGACAGCAAGGUGGCUUCAACGGAUAACACCACCAAAAAGAGAGAGCAGUCAUCGUUGCCGUACUCUCUCUCGGGAUCAGCAGGAUCUGAUCUCAAUCUCGAGUCGCAAUCUAUAUUGCCAGGAACUGUGUAUUUUGAGGAAGAAGAAGAGGAGGACACUAUUCUUCUCGACCCGCAGAGUGCCACUGCUCAAGAACGCCGCUGGAUAGCCAAGUGCGUGGAGGGCCAGCCGCUAGAGGUGAUCAAUCUGUUCUACAAGCUGCUGAAGUACAUGAACGGAAAGACGUCGCUGGAGCUCUUGAUGGUGAAGGAGAACAUAAGUCGUCAGGAUGUGCGGAAACUGCUUGUCGCUCUAGACAAGCAUGUCACAACUGUAAGACAUUGGUGA